AUGUCGGAAUCAACCCCCAUUUGCCGGUGCAGGGUGCUCUACUUGGGGUCGAGCGUGCCCCAACAGACCAAAGACGGCCUGCAAGGCAUCCAGGAGCCGCUGCAAGAGCUCUAUCCAGAAGAGGGGGCCAUCGGGGCUAAAGGCAUCGAUUCGUGGUUGAGCGUCUGGUCCAAUGGCAUCUUGCUCGAGAACGUCGACGAAAAUCACAAGAAGAUCACCAGGUUUUUUCCCAUAGAGAGUUUGCACUACUGCGCAGCCGUAAGAUACGUCCUGGUACCGGAAAAAAACACCUUACAUAGCCCUACCCCCCGCUUCCUCCCCCUCGACUCGCCGUUCGCGCGCACGCCCAACCCCGCCCACCCGCCCCUCUUCGCCGCCAUCUUGCGGCGCACGUCCGGCAUCAAGGUGCUCGAGUGCCACGCCUUCAUCUGCAAGCGGGAGGUGGCUGCCAACGCCCUCGUCAGGUGCUGUUUCCACGCCUACGCUGACUCCUCCUACGCCAAACAGGUGGAUACGGCGGGGAGUAUCUACGGGACGUUGGCUUCGGAGCGGUUGUCGAGCAAAGAUAAGAUAGACGACUGGAAGAUGAGCAGAUCCCAAUUGGGCUCGACGACGACCUUGAACACCAUCGGUAACCACGCCCCCAAAGAUGACGUCAGCAUCUACAACGGCGACGAGAACCACAAAGUGUGGGCGGGCUCCCAAGACAACCUCGACGGCAUCUAUGACGUCUACUCCACCUCCACCAUUUCCCGGCCGAACAGACCGCGACAGAUAGCCCAACCGGUCACAGUACCCCCACCGCCCGUCAAAGACAAGAAGAAAAAGAAUAAAGGGGGCAGGUCCUUGGGCGGGUCGCGCGAAGAAUUGUACCACCCCACCGCCAAUGGAAAGGCUGGUAGCGUGUCGGGCUCGAUGCAGAAGCAGCGAGGACAGCACUUUAACGGGCACGCCUCGCAUGUAGGCGGACACCUUCCGUAUAUGGGCGGGGCGGGGUCGAAUAUGGGAGGGCAUAUGGCGCAUAUGGGCGGACCGGGAUCGAAUAUGGGCGUGGCCGGUUCGCAGCCCAUCUAUAUCAUGGCGCCGCAUCCCGGAACGUUGCCGAAUCCCAAGUUUUUCAAACAACAUGGAAACACGUACUCCCACCGACCGAGAGGCAAGGUCCUCAUCCCCGCCAGGCCGAUACCCCCUCCCCUAGUCCCAGUGGCGCCCGUCAUCAUCCCCACCACCAUGCAAAAGACCAAGAAGAAGCACAAACACAUGAUGGAGGAGCCCAUCUACGUCCCUGGCAACAGAGCUAUGAGCCCCCAUCAGAUGGCCCUCAAUUUCGAUCCCUACGUGAUGCACCAGUCCUACGCCACCAUGGAGUCCCAGGGGAAACAGAAGAAGAUCAAAGACAAGGAGAGACAGCAGGCGGAGAAGGGCAAGUUGAACAAGAAAUUGGCGCAGAGCAUGAACGGGCUGGACGAUCCGAAUUUGACCAACGACGAGUCGCCCUUCAAUACGGGGAUUUACAAGAAGAAGGGACAUUUGAACGAGAGGGCGUUUUCGUACUCUAUCAGGCAGGAGCACAGGAGCAGGAGUUAUGGGAGUCUGGCGAAUUUGAAGUUUGCUACUCCUAUACCCAAUGGAGAUGUGGAAGAUAGGGAGGAUAUAAAAAAAGAAAGGGAAAUAAUGCAGAUGGUUCAAGAUUUGGACCUUUCUAGCGACGAAGUCGACAGACCAGAAAUUCCGCAUCAUGGCAUGUAUGGGGUAAGGGGUGGUAUACCCCCAGGACCGGUCAUAGUGACUGCCUCCCAGAUGAACGGACGAGGACACAGAAGAUAG